AUGAACAUCUUCAUUAACGUAACUGGUGCGGGGUACGAUGACGAGCGCAGAAACAUUGUGGGGACAUUCUUGGUUGAAAGGUUUCAUGCUUGCAUGGAAAGCGUGGAAGUCGCAGGAUGGUCGAGGCGUCUAGUCCUCUCUCUUUUCAGUGUAGCUCUCUGCGUUCGUAUGCUCAUCAGCUUGGGUUUCGGAGAUGUGCUGGCAGCUGUCUGGGAGGCUUGCAUUCUGCUGUGCUGGUUGUUGCUGUACUUGCUUCAGUGGCGCUUGUGUCGUGAAGCGUGCCAACUGCGUGAAAGUGUGGAGGCAGUGCAACCUGCAGUUGCCUGGCAUUUGUGGGUUUGCCUGCCGUCAGAAUGGGAGAGUGAGACCGCCACAGAAGCAAGCUGUGAUCAACAGAGUGGUCUCCGCGAUCUGGGCAAAGCACUGGGUAGUUUGAUGAAACAGAUGGCAGAGCUGCUUCAAAACGCGGAAAAGCUGCUUCAACGACAGCAACGCCUGCGCACCACCAGCUCCAAGCGAUCCGGCAAGAAGGGCGGGUUCGAUGCACUAUGCGACAGCAACCCGAAAGGCAUUUCGUCGGAUUUCUCGUGGCUCGAAGACCUGCUCGUUGCAGCAGAGCUCAGAAGGCACAUCGACCCCGCAACAAGAUGGGCCGAGGAGAGGGACAUUGUCCAAAGUGAUUUCCUCGGUGGGAAUGAAGUCUCUGCGGCCUCCAGGGAGGAGGCAUUCACACACAUGGAUGAUUUGUCGAAGCACCUAAAGUUGAGUGCGGCCGCUACGCAGCGGUUGUACAAACAACUGCAGAACAGGUGGAUUACACCGAAGCUUGCCGCUGCCCAGGACUAG